AUGGCUAAUGAGUCUGCAGUUAAGGAGGAUGAAGCAACGGAGGGCGCAACUAACGAGGCUAAGGAUGAUGCUGUGGAGAAGGUACCCGAGACUGAUGAGCAGAUGGCUACAGCUGAUGAGUGGGUGGUUGCAGCUGAUGAAGUUUCAAUGUAG